AUGGGCGCCGACGAGAAGACGCGCGUCUCGGGUGAGGUCCCUCGUGGAGAAAACGGCUCUAUCUUGCCCACGACGAACCCAGACCUUGAGAAGUCCCAGCCUCCCAAGGCUGCCAUUCACCCUGCGCUAUACGUCAUCGUCUGGAUCUCUCUGUCCUCCUCCGUUAUUCUCUUCAACAAAUGGAUUCUCGACACCCUCAAUUUCCGUUACCCGGUUAUCCUGACGACCUACCACUUGACCUUCGCGACCAUUAUGACCCAGAUUCUCGCGCGCUGGACUACUGUUCUCGACGGACGCAAGUCGGUUAAGAUGACUGGUCGUGUCUACAUGCGGGCCAUCGUGCCUAUUGGCGUGUUCUUCAGCUUGAGCUUGAUAUGUGGCAACCUGACCUACCUGUAUCUCUCUGUUGCCUUCAUCCAAAUGCUCAAAGCCACCACACCCGUCGCCGUUCUGUUGUCUGGAUGGGCCCUCGGUGUCUCCCAGCCCAACCUCAAGGUUUUCCUUAACGUCUCCAUCAUCGUUGUCGGUGUCAUUAUUGCCUCGAUGGGAGAGAUUAAGUUCGUUUGGAUCGGUGUCAUUUACCAGAUUGGUGGUGUCAUCUUCGAGGCCCUGCGGCUCACCAUGGUCCAGCGCCUGCUCAGCUCUGCCGACUUCAAGAUGGACCCCCUCGUGUCUGUCUACUACUUCGCUCCCGUCUGUGCUGUCAUGAACUUGGCUGUUGCCCUCGUAUGGGAAAUUCCCAAGGUCAGCAUGGAACAGGUCUACAACGUCGGACUCUUCACCUUCUUCCUGAACGGACUCUGUGCCUUCUUGUUGAACGUUUCCGUCGUUUUCUUGAUCGGCAAGACCUCUUCUUUGGUCCUGACCCUCUGCGGUGUUCUCAAGGACGUAAUGCUCGUCGUUGCGUCAAUGAUGAUUUGGGGCACGCAGGUUACUGGUUUGCAGUUCUUCGGCUACAGCAUCGCCCUUGGAGGCAUGGUCUACUACAAGCUCGGCUACGAGCAAAUCAAGGGCUACAUGGGCGAGGCCGGCCGCCAGUGGGCCGACUUCGGCCAGCGCAAGCCCAUCUUGCGCAAGCUUAGCAUCAUCGUGCUCUCUGCUUUCGUCCUCUUCACGCUGCUUGGGGGCCUGGCACCCACAUACGCUCCCGAGUACGACCCCCACAACCUGAUCAACGAAGUCAACAGCCAUUUCGGCAGCAGCAGGGCAUAG